AUGGCGUCUCGGGUGUUGCUGGUAGCUGGCAUGGGAGCCCUGUUGCCGAAUCUGAAGGGAGGCAGCCUUACAAAGCCUCUCUUUGACUCGGGGGCAUGCCAUGAUGCCAUCGCCUCCGGUGCGAGUUGUCAGGUUUGCGAAACCAAGUUCAAGCAUUGCAAGGGCCACUACGUCUAUGAGCCCUUCACUGUCGUGCUGUUUGAGGCCAUGGUCACUGUGGCCCUGGGCGUGCUGGCAACACUUGUUCUGAUGCCGAAUCGACCGGCAGUCAAGCAAUUGCUCGACUGGCGCUCCAUCAAGAUCGUCUUGCCUGUCGGAGCCGAGCAAAUGUUGAAACGGUUUCAGUUUCGAGCGUGUGAUGAUGUUGGACAAUCUUGUUGA